AUGAGUAUUCCGGUAGAACAUAUUGGAAGUGAGCGUCAACGCAUUCCGGCUGUUCUGAUAAAAAUCGAGAAGUCGAUGGGCUUGAUCAAGUAUGCCCCACGACACACUCCGUUGAAAGUUCCACUAUCGGAGUUACAGCUAGCUCCGAGCGCUUUUGAGCCUUUUCAUGAGAACGUGUAUUCUCACACAGAGGUGUGUGAACUGGGAUCUCCGCUCAAAACAUGGACCGACAAGGAUGAACAGCGCUUGAAUCCUCGGGAACCGGGUGAAAUUUGGCUAACUACUGAGGCCACAUCAAGGAAAAAGCCAAGUAUCCCAGAUAGUUCAGAAUGUGCAGCACAGAAGCUGGAAGAAUCACCUUCAUCUUUGGUUGAUUCCCCCGCAGGCGCCUGGUGGCCAGGUCGUGUGUUGAACAUCCAUGGCGGUUUUAUGCAUGUUGAAGUUGCGGCACCUCUUGCGGAGAGUGGAAACAUGGACGACUUGACUACUCCUCAUGUUGUGCGGAUGGGAUCAUCUCUUCUACCCUUCCGUUCUACCAUUGUCAGACUUGGAGAGGUUCGUCCUCUGUGGACCGGUCGGCCAGCCCCGGCACAAUCUACAGCCACUGGUGAACAACCCAAGCACGGAACGUCAAAAGACCCAUUCUCAGAACAGUAUGUGCUUACUACACCGGGGGUUUUAAAUCGCCAUACCAUCUGUAUUCCGGCCUAUUUGGCUCGCCUCGCCACCUCAAUGGACGCCCACGCGGCAUUAAUCAAGUUUUGUGAUGCUCCUUGUCUGGUUCAAUGUGAUCCCGAACCGUUCUUAUCUCAUGUUCUGGUCAAGCGCAUUCUGGCUGAUGGCACAUCUGGUCGUCAAACCCCUUGCCAAGAUACGGAUUCGAAUCUUGGUGUCCCAUCAGUGGCUGUUCCAGCAAACUCGCAAACUGCGAAUGCACCUUCUUGGCCCUCGGCUUGUACAAUCGCCCAAUCACCCCUCCUCAAUCCACCAAAUAUUGCUGGUACUUUGAGCCAAGCUGGUGUUACCGAUCCCACGCUGCUUUUAGAGGGACUUCCAGGGGCGAACGGUCCUUUGGUAAUGUUACAUAUUUGGUCGGGAUCUCCAGAGGCUAUCCGACGUGCAGGCCUACUGGAGUUGGCUCAUGUCCGAAUACUCGUUUUCCGCUAUCAUGUGGUCCGUAAGCUUUCAAAUGGUGAACCCGGUGAAUUGGACUUGGCGGAUUCAACAGACGCGCCGACAGAGAAUGGAGAUGCUCCAGUUAUGCAUUGCAAGCCGAUAAGCAUUCCUGUUCAUCCAAAUCCAGAUGAUCCAUCAGCCGCACCAAGUGGCAUGAUGAUAGGAUAUUCGGCACAGUUCCGUAUCCAGCCCCAGCUUAUUGGUUUAGCAAUUGGUUACCGUGGCGCAACCAUUCAUGAAGCACGCGCGCUCCCUGGAGUUCGCAACGUCGACCUUCUCCACGAUGGAAUUGUGCAUAUUGAAGCUGAGACGGUUGAGGCCUGUCAAGCGGUUCGAAAUUUACUUGACUUCACCGAAGCUGAGAUCCCCGUUUCACCCAGACUUGCCAGUCGCCUCAUCGGAUCCAAAGGCAUGAAUAUCCGUAAGUUAGCAGCAUCUGCUGGGGUUCGUCGUGCCCAACUGCUCGAUCCUCUGAUGCGCAAACGGCGCCACCAACAACAGCAACUUAAUCGACAACAAGCCGCACCUCUGUCGGACCGCGAUCAGUUUGACGCAUUCAUUGAUGCGGGGCGAAAUGGACAAAACGCGGAUGGAGAUGGUGUCGAACACACUGAACAUACGGAUACUGUGGAGCCGGACGUCCGUAGCGCCAACGGAGAAUCUAAUGCCAGCCCAGCGGCAAAUUCAGAAGAUGAAAAACUCCCUCCACCAGCCUUCUAUCUUCUUGGCACUCGACCGGCGGUUGCGAAAAUGCGUCUGUUGCUGGAGUUCCAGGCAGACAACUGGAAUGAACUGGAUGAAUUGGAGGAAACUCGCCGAAGCUUGUUCACUCAGCUGAGACAGUCAAAUCAACAGUCAACGCGAAUGGGUUCCUUCCCUCCCACAUCAGGACCAGAUGCGCCGGCUCAAGGAGGGCCUGGUCCCACUGGUCCUCGUGGCCGUGGGCGACGAACUUCAGGCCGAGGGGGUUCAGCCGAUGGUGCACCGGAUCACGACCAAUUGCCUCAACAGAGUAAUUUCCCUAGGCCCUUCCGUGGACGCGGCCGUGGUGGCCCUGUCAACGGGGGACCCAAUGGACGACCAUCUGCUCCCACCAAUAGAUUCAACCGGGAGUCUGAUGGUCCAUCGCAUCCAAAUGAAGAACAUCAUGAUAAUAUGCCACAAAAACCGGAAGUUGACGACGACCAUGCGGUUCAUAAUGGUUGGCAGCCAGCCCCUCCGAAGGUUGGAAUGGCAAACGGAUCAGGACCCAGGGGACGCGGAAGAAAUCGCCCACGUAACCAACCAGUUAACUCAUGAAUGCUCGAUCUGUGUUGACUGAUUGCAACCAACAUAGAUGACAUCGCAACCUUAGAUGUUAGUUACCCGAACAUACUGUUCUACAAACACGUUCCUGUCUAACAUUACGUGCCUCCGGUCCUAAUCAGCUUCGCUAUAUCGCGGCCUUCUCUUUCAUACGUGCUUCUGGAUCUCUCCGAAAUCUGACGUUUUUCAACGCAUUUCAACCCACGUUUUAACCUUCAUCCUGGUAACAUCCCUCAAUUCGCCGCCUCGCCUUCAGUCUUCCUCCGAUACCCCCCCCCAUUUACCUGCACAAACCAACCAGCUUGGUUUCAGAUCUUUGCCGAAUAGCCGUUUCUUCCCGCUUUUAUUGUUACGCACUCUGCAGAAAGUGCAUUUAUUGUGAGAUGAGCUCUUGACACUUCACCGGCAACGGGCACUGUUAUCUGAUUCGUUCGAUAGCGCUGUGGCUUAUGAUGAGUGUGAUACUUUCUAGUUUUCAAAUCGAUAAUUCUGAUGUUCUGGUUUUCAGAU